AUGUUUAAAAAGAAGCCAACGAUCAAGAACCUCUCGCCUCUACGUUCUUCUGACCGAAGGAAGAUCGCCGACCAAAUCAUCAAAAAUUACCAGAUCUCCGUUCCCACAAAUUCCCAAGAGGAAUCAGGGCCUACCUCAAGCCUCACGUCAAUCCGAAAUGCGCUUCUCCCCGAUAACUCUUUGACAGCUCGGUUCACGACAACCGCUGGUCCAGACUUGCGCGAGCUCACAGGAAUUGUGUAUGUCGGCACACACCCGGAUGGAGAAGAGCGAGUGUUAUGGUUCAAGCUCGAGCAUGGCCCCGGUGCCGAUAAACGACUAUACCCGACUGUCUACACAUUAUGGCACAACCCCAACUUGGUCCCCCUUCUCUAUACCCCAGAGUUCGUCAUGGGGAAGCUCCAUGGCGGAGCUGACCUUAUGACGCCCGGUCUCGCGAAUGAACCUCCUUUCCCCCAGAGAGCGGUUAAGGGUGCUGUUGUUGCGGUCGCAAGUGUCGACAAGCACUCAGUGCCUGUGUUCGUUGGUAUAUGUGAAAUAGAUGUAUCGGCUCUUGGGGAAGUUCAAGGUACUAAGGGUCAGGCAGUCCGGGGUCUGCAUUGGGAGGGCGAUGAGCUUUGGACAUGGAGCUCUGCAUCACGACCGGGUCGCCCAUCACCAGAUUAUUUGGAGGGCUGGGACGAAGAUAGGGAUGCUGAUGGUGAUGACGACGACGAUAAUGAGCUUGAUGAGCUUGAAGAAAUGACGCUCGAGGACAAAGUUUCUCCCGCGGAAAACCUCGAGACGUCAAGCGACAAGCCUGCUCCAGCAGAGGAGCUCGUGAAUGAUGAGGAACCGGAGCCGACCACAAAGGAAAUUGACGACGCCUUUGUCAAUGCCUUUGUUUAUGCCCUCUACAAACUGAAGCAAUAUAACCCUACUGCCACCAAUCAUGCCCUCCCAUUGCCAAUCACACCUUCAGCACUGGUGGCCAAUCUCAUCACCCCGUACCUUCCAGUCUACACUCCCCAGCAAGUCCAAUUCUACAACAUCAAAAAGACUAGCUGGAAGAACGUGAAGAAAUUCAUGAAGCAUCUGGACAAGUUAAAGCUUGUCAAAAGCAAAGAUCGCAAUGGCCAAGAGACAGUCAUCUUGGAUGUGGACUUUGAGGAUCAGCGGGUUCAACGAUUCGUUCCAUACCGACUACCUUCACCUCGAGCACUCGAGGGCAGUAAGGCAUCCACGUCAGAGGGCAAGAAGCCUUCGGCAACAGAUGGAUCUGACCCUUCAGUGGGCCAGACAAUCACUGUGCAAAAUCUGUACAGGCCCUCUGGCAAAUUGAUGCCCACUGUGUUCCCUGCUCUCGCUGCUGGCAACGCGAACAACUACUACAAACACACCGACGUGUCAUCCCAUUUGGAUAAAUACCUCACAUCACAGGACCCACCAAUUGUGUCCAAGGAAAACCGGAGAAUCAUUACUCUGAAUCCCUUCCUUGCCAACACCAUCUUCACUGGAUCGUCCCCCGAAGACAACAGCACGCUUUCCCGUGGAAAGGUCACGCGUGAUGGUCUUUUGAAACGCAUCAUGGAGGACAAGUCACUCAUGCAGCCACAUCACGUCAUCUUGAAGACUGGCCAGACCAUCGCAGAUGUCAAGCCAAAGGCAGGUGCUGCGCCCAAGGUUACUGUGACACUCGAAAAGCGCACAGGAUCCAAAACUGUCACCAAAGCCGUACACCUAGAAGUUUUUGGUGUUAUCCCUACUCUUCUGGCCCAAGAGCUACAGAAGAAGUGUGCGGGUAGUACUAGUGUGACUCAGGCUACUGGAGCUCCCAAGGGUGUCAUGGAGGUAUUGGUGCAGGGUGAUCAGCGGAAGGCUAUUGAAACUGCACUUGUCCGCCGUGGAUUGAGGCCGCAGUUGAUUGAGGUGGUUGAUAAGACUAAAAAGAAGAAGAACUAA